AUGGGGCGCCCAGGCCCCCGCAACCUGAGCUGCGUGUCCUACAAACACCCGAGCGUGCGGGGCGGGCUGGGAGGCGCAGAGGGGGCGGCCGGCACCGUGCGCUGCCCCGGCCAGUGCUGCAUCGGCAUCUGGAACCGCAGCCACGCACUGGUGCAGGGCUGCUGGGGGUGGGGGGCCGCCUGCCCCUCGCCCACCUGCACCCCCAGCCCCGCGGCCCCCGGCGGUGCCGUCCUCGUGUGCCUGUGCCACGGCCACCUCUGCAACGGGAACACCACGGCGACAGGGACAGGGACAGGGACAGGGACGGCCGUGGGGCUGGGGGGGCCCCAGCAGGGCCCAGUGCCCGGCCGGGGGGGGUCCGCGGGGACCCUGUGGCUGUGGGGGGCCGGCCCCCUCCUCCUCCUCCUCCUCACCUGCCUGGGCAUCCUCGGGCUGCGACGGACAAGGGCCCACACGGGGCAGCCACCCCAGGAGGGCCGGAGAAUCGGGGUCCCCCCAGAGCCCCCCAGCCCGGACCUGCCUGCGCUGCACUUCCUGCAGGUGCUGCAGUCGGGGCGCUUCUCGGCGGUCUGGAGGGGGACCCUUCGCCAGCGGCCCGUGGCCAUCAAGGCGUUCGCGGCGGGGGCGGGCGGGCGCUUCGCGGCCGAACGGGCCGUGCACGCCCUGCCCCUGAUGGAGCACGACAACGUGGCCCGCCUGCUGGGCACCAGGGGCGCCGGGCCCCGCGCCCGCGGGGGGCUGCUCGUCCUGCAGCUCUACCCGGCCGGGUCCCUGCGCCACUUCCUGGGGCAGCACGUGGGCACCUGGGCGGGCAGCGUGCGCCUGGCGCUGUCCCUGGCCCGCGGCCUGGCCUUCCUGCACCAGGAGCUCUGGCGUGACGGACUGUACAAGCCCAGCGUGGUGCACCGGGACCUGAGCAGCCAGAACGUGCUGGUGCGGGAGGACGGGACCUGCGCCAUCGGCGACUUCGGGCUGGCGCUGGCGCUGCCGCCGCGCCAGGACGGCACCGGGGCACGGCACGCCGUGGCCAUCCGCAAGGCGGGCACCCAGCGGUACCUGGCGCCCGAAAUCCUGGAUGAGAGCCUGGACCUGCGGGCCUGGGGCCGUGCCCUGCGCCAGGCUGAUGUCUACGCCCUGGCCCUGCUGCUCUGGGAGAUCCUGUCCCGCUGCCAGGCCCUCAGCCCCGGAGCCCCUGUGCCAGCAUUCCAGCUGGCCUACGAGGCGGAGUUGGGCUCCAGCCCCACGGGGGCUCAGCUCCGGCGCUUGGCCGCAGACGAGCGGCGGCGGCCGCUCAUCCCCCCCGCCUGGCACCAAGCCCCCCAGCCCGGGGGGGCUCUGCCGGAGCUGCUGGAGGACUGCUGGGACCCCGACCCCGAGGCGCGGCUCUCGGCCGAGCGGGCGCUCCAGCGGCUGCAGCGCCUGGCUGCGGGUCCCGCGCCCCUUCCCGCGCCCCCCACGGUGGACCCCGGCCCGCGACCACCCCCCCUUCGCCAGGUCCCGGAGUCACCCGCCAUGUGGAACCCUGGUGCAGGUAUAGGGGGGACACCCCAGAUGGGGGGGCUGCCUUGACCACCACUCCUGCCCCCCCCACCCCCCCGGGGAAGUGGCAGGUUAGGGGUCCCCCCCCUCAAUCUUCUCUUUUUU